AUGUACAUAAACUACACCCAUGCACACGUAUUUUUUCUUAUUGCAUGAUGCUUAUGCAUAUUUACAGAAGAAGCUAAGAGUAUAAAUUGUGCAUUGAAAUGGGAUCUGAUAACGAAAUAUGUGAAGACGAAGAUGAAAUCCUCGUGUAUGUAGAAUUUGAAGGACUUGUGGACGGUAAUGUGUUUAGCGAAGAGCAACUACAAUUAGAUAUGAUCGGUAUAGACACAGAACAUCCGAUCAUGAAAAUUAAUGGGAAGUUUUACGAAGGUACUUACGAAGAUGUUGGUGGUACAUAUAUGUUUUUCGCAAAAAACGACACUCUUGUAGCAAAUGAUCCUGUUUUCGAUGAAAUUCCAAGUUUAAAAUAUUUUGCUAAAACUAGAAAGAUUUUAAAAAUGCAGAGAAUUUUUAUAAAACCUAGAACAGAAGUACUUGGUGAUUCGGAUCAUUAUCAAUGCAUUCCAAACUUGAACACUCUUCAAAUAGCUGGAGUACCAUGUCGAUAUCAAGAGGAAGCUCUUUCCUUUUGGAAGUCUGAGAGAACUGAUAGAUUAAAUGCCCUGCAUUCUUAUUUGGAGAAACGACGGAUCAGACAAGAGAAAAAGGAUCUAGGUAUAACAUUAGAAUCAGAUUCUGAUGAAGAUAAUCCUUUUGCCAUGUACAGCCAUAAGGAUGAUUCUAAUAUUGUGAAUAAGGUUGAAGACACUUGUGACCAGGAUGAAGAAACUUCUAGUCAUUGCGGCGAUGAAUUUCACUCUAAGCCAAUGUUUCCUAAUGAAAUUAUAAAUGAAACCCUAAAUACAAUUGAAAGUAGUUGCGAUAGCAAUAUUCAAGAAUUUGAAACAUCUGCAGUAAAAUCACAAUCUUCAAUUUUAGCGGAUGAUAAUUGCCAUUUAAAUACACACAAAACUAGGUUGCUCAAAAAAAAGAAUGUAAGUAAGGCUCGUACCAUACAAAAAGUAAAAGAUAAAAAAGCACGACCUUUAUCGAAAGGUAGAAAGCCCUUUAACAAAAUAGAAGAAGCGUCAGAGACUGCUACUUCAAGUACUAUAGAAAAUAAAAACAUUGAAGAUAAAUUUAAACAAAUAAUAGUAGAAACAUGUAAUACAGAAGUUAAUCGACAAGAGUCAGAUAUUGAUAAAAUUUCUAAACAACUGAAACGAGAAGCAAAAAUGAAAGAAAUAUCAGAACAGUUGAAAGCAUAUGCAAGAGAAUAUAAAUGCUAAAAUGGAUUGACAAUCAUGUGUAUUGAUUAAAUAAUUGCACAAAAUGUGUAUAUACGGUUUCAUUUUUUCACCAAUUCAAAUCACCGGGAAGCUCAUCAGGAUAAUCACCAGUUAGACAAGCGGUACAGUGACCAAUGUAACUGCUUUCUCGAUUAUCCAUACCAAAUCUAACAGCUUUUACAAGUCCGUCUACUGAAAGAUAACUUGACCAACAUCAAUUUGAGACGGCCAAUCGCCAGCAGCAAUGCAUCCAAAAACACCACACUCAUGAGUAAGUCCAGAUAAAGAUUUUUGAUCUUUAGUUUCUUCAUCACUAUGUAAUCUUUUGCCUUUGUUAUUCUCUAUGGAUAUUGUUUCAGUCUGAGAUUUUAUUUGUGUGUUGCAAAACAUUUUUAUAGUAAUCUAAAAAGACAAUUCGCUUAUUAAUUAGUUUAAAAUUUACAUGUAAAAUUAUAAUUUUAUAAUAAACAAGUUAUACUAUUGCAUUUAGUUAUCCCUCUUCAAAAAUAUUGAGUUAUGCAGUAAACAUUACGCAAUAGUAACAGAAAGCAAAUAUUAUUUGUAUGUUACACAGCAUGUAUUAGACCCCCUUGAGAUUUCUUCCCAAUUAUCAGCAAUGCUCUUGUAAACUAUUGACCCCUGCCAAGCUGAUAGAACUUCUUUUUCAAUGUUACUACUUUACUUUUUUUAUAUGCUUGCUUAAUCAGUAUUUCGCAACUGAUUUCGUCAGUGUAUUACAUUCACAUUGGUAUGCGUACAAGAUAGUUGUAAAUUAAUCUUAUAAGUUCAAGCAGUGUUGCAAAAAUAUUGCAGUUCUUGCACAAAACAGAUAUUUCGUGAUAUAAAACAUAGACAAAAAAGAAAAGGAAAAAAGAUAAUAUUUAUUUAUGUAGCAGUAAUUAAAAGAAAAUAGUUUUUAAAUCGUUCUGUUUUGAAAUUUAUAUGCCUAUUAUUUGUAAUUCGUUCUGUUCGGUAUGACAUGUUCGUGUACAUGUACAUUUAUUUAUGUAUGCGUAUAUAUAUUUUGUAUACUACAAUAUAAUGGUACAAUUAAAUCUAAUUUUAUUAAA